UGCCUGCCAAGUCUGUCGAGUCUCGUUCAAUUUAAACUUGAUUUUUGGGCAGCGACGCGUCUCUCUCGUUGUCUUUCAGGUAUGUAACAUGUAAGAAGCUGUUCCAAGCUGUUCCUUAAUUUAUUGUUCUGUGCCUUGGUCUGUUUAUAUACGAGUCUAAAGUCGGAGUUAAAACAAUCAGGUGAUUAAUUUAUUCAGCCUCAGGCUCUCAGCUGCCCUUCCAUUCAUUCUAAUUCUAAUUCUACUCGUGAGUCACGAGUCGUCUCUUCUCUACAAUAUCAGAUUAUUCUGGACACUGGACGCUUGCUGUUCCGUUUGUCAACGAGAAGUCGACAAAAAACAGCUGUCAGAGACUCAGAGUCAUUAAAGUUACGGCUGGCAUCAUGUCUACCACACCUAGAUCGUCAUCGCCAGUGAAGCAAUCACUUGCUCAGGAUGAAAUGCCAGGUGAUCAAUCAAUGAUGGUAGAGUUACCAACUCAUCUGGGUGACCAAACCGAGUUUGUUGAUCCUGAGGAGGAUGUGACGGUAAAGCUACAAUCACAACCGCAGCCGAGAUCGCCUUCACGGGCUCAGGGCCCCAAGGUCGAUCAGGGCCAAGACAUGUCGCUUAUGGCUAGACAGUUGGACCGUCAACGUCAGACACGAACUCCCGAGCCACAGAAGCGGCGGAGUAAUAGGUCUGAAAUGCAGAGUCCCGGUCAUCUUGUUGCAUUUGAUUGGGAAGACUUCGAGGAUCGCUAUGAGAAAGCUCUACAAGAGGCCGACGAGCAAGAGAAACAGCUCUUGGAAGAGUUUGAUACUCUUGUCAAGUACUUCAACGUCUGGGCGUCAGCUUCGUCCGCCCAUGAUAAUGAGAGAGCGGUCAAGAGACUACAAACUCGCGAGAGACAUGUGCGCCUCUCCGAGCAGGCACUCUUACAAAAGAAGCAACAUCUAUCUGAAGUAGUGAAGGCCUUCCAGAGUGCUCUAGCGCUUCUGAGAUCAACCUGAGCUCACAUAUUCCGUAUUAUAUGUUUAUAUGGCGGUGCAUGAUAUCAGUGUGCAUUCGAUGAAUAUAGGUGAGGUUUACGACUUGACGACUUUUACGAUGCUUAUGACUUAAUUACGAUAUGGAGUUGUACUUAGCUGCGUACAUACAAUUUGCUACCGUAUCUAGCCUCAUGAUCUAUACUUUACGUUGAUGUCUUCUCUCGACACUUG